AUGCGAUCAUCCAACAGAAUCCCUUCUCUCUUCUCUCCUAAUUUUGUACAUCUUGAUCGCUACCUUUGUAGUGUUGGUCACUCAUCACAGAAUGGCAUUUCAUAAUCCAUUCAGAAAGCGCACCGAGAACACUAAAAGGUGCUGGGGAUAUGAAUUCGAGUGGACCGACGAUCACCUUACCAACGAACAGGCCAAGCCUUUGAAGCAUUCAUACGACGUGCUGGGUGAGGAAUGUCUCAGCAUACUGAACACGAUCUCGCCACCAUCCAGGAAGGCACUACCACGAAAUGAGAAUCUGCAACAGAAUUUACCUAUACAACCAAAAGUGGACCAAGAAAAGAAUGAAGAGAAUGGAGACAAGAAGGAAGAAUUACCAGUACCGCAACGGGACCUGUACCAACUGCUCAAAGACAACUAUGAAUCUAACCCAAAGCUGCGCGAGCUGUGGGAGGAGGUGAAUACCGUACCGUCAUGGGUAGACUGGGCACAGAUCAAAAGAGGACAGGAUGUUUUCUAUCGGUAUGGAGGUCCUGCUCUGACAGGGCUAACAUAUCAGUCCUUGCUAGGCGGCAUGGGAGCUGCCCGCGUGGUCGAAACGUUGGCGCGGACUGGCGGCUUUUCCAUAAAAGUGGCAAGAAGGAGAUUGUUCGAGACAACGCAACAUAUUUUGCAGUGUACAAAGUCGCUGGAAUCCAUUCAACCGGGUGGCGCGGGACAUGCGUCGUCGGUGCGAGUGCGUCUGCUACAUGCUGCCGUCCGCCAGCGUAUACUAGACCUUGCAAAACAAAAGCCUAGCUACUUCAACGUCGAAGAAUGGGGCGUACCUGUCAAUGAUCUGGACCAAAUUGCUACAAUCGGCACAUUUUGCGCCACGCUUAUAUGGAUCAGCUUUCCCCGGCAAGGCAUUUUCCUACGAGAGCAAGAGAAGGAAGAUUAUGUCGCACUUUGGAGAUAUAUUGGUUAUCUGCUGGGCACACCGACUGACGCAUUCGAAACACCCGCAAAAGCGAAAGCUAUCAUGGAGAGCUUGCUACACAACGAAGUCAGCCCGUCAGAUAUGUCCAAGGUGUUGGCUAACAAUAUCAUACACUGCCUCGAAGGCCAGCCACCAACUUAUGUGUCGCCCGACAUGCUCAUUGCUAGCGCUCGCUGGCUCAACGGCAACGAUCUAUGCGAUGAACUCGGAUUACCACGUGUUUCCCCCUACUACUGGUCACUCAUGGCCGGCCAAUGCCUCUUUUUCAUGGGCCUAUGUUACUUCUAUCGUUGUAUGCCUGGGCUGGACCAAAGCCAUAUCGCCCGUCUCAAGAAGAUUUUCUAUGCUGUCAUUGUAGAAGCAAAGUUUGGGUUGGCUGGUGUGGAGACCACAUUCGAUUUCAAGUAUGUACCCGAGUACGCAACCGUGACUGAGAUGGGAGCACCGAGAGAGAUCAAACUGCGGAGCUCUAGCAUAGAGACGAGGAACUUGCGGGCGCUCGGUAUAUUCUUGGGGGUCGUGGGAAUAGGCACCUGGGUGUCUUUCAAGGUCACCUCGAGCGUAGUUGGGAAGCUUUGGUAG